AUGCCUCUCCAAUUCGACCCAGUCUUCCAAAAGGCUGUAGCGCCCUUGUUGGCAGCUAAAGCCAACGGCCCCCAGCCUGAUAGAAGCAACCCACUUUCCAUUCGAGCUAGCGUGGAACCUGGUUUUGUGAAGUUGAUGACGCUACUCCCUGAAGCUGCCGAUGUCAACUAUGAAGAACACCAAAUCCCAACAUAUGACGGGCAAUCCAUUGCUGUAUACCGGCACUGGAGAAAAGACCUCGACACAACGACACCACAGCCGGCAAUUCUACAUUUCCACGGCGGCGGACUGAUCAUGGGCCGUGCACAUAUUUUCAAGAAAGCCCAGGAUUUACUUGCCCAAAAGUCCGGCGUGCAGGUAUUCUCUGUCGACUACAGAUUGGCACCUGAGCAUCCGUACCCGACGCCCGCAGAAGACGGCUAUUCUGCGUUGGUCUGGUUGCAGGAGCACGCAGCUCAGUUCUCAAUUGAUCCCAAGCGCAUCAUCACAGUUGGAGAGAGCGCCGGGGGAAACCUGGUAGCCAGCAUCAACCUGAUGGCUCGGGAUCGGAGUCAUUCGCCUCCCGUCGCAAAGCAGAUGCUGAUUUAUCCCAUGUUGGAUGACCGCAACAUUGCUCCCAUUCCGGCAAUGGAUGGUCUCCUUAUGUGGUUACCUGAAGUAAACAUCACUGCUUGGUCUGCUUACCUGGGUGAUGAUUAUGGAACCGAUCGCGUGUCACAGUAUGCUGCUCCGGCUCGUGCGGCUACUCUCAAGGGUCUUCCGAGUACAUACCUGGAGGUUGGCACUUUGGACAUGUUCCUUGAGGAGAGUUUGAAGUAUAUUUCGCGGAUUGCUAAGGAGAAUAUUGAGACGGAGCUUCAUGUUUAUCCGGCUCUUCCUCACGCAUAUGAUGUGUUUGCGCCUGUCAGUGAGGCAGCGGAGAGGUCCAUGGCGGACAGAUUGCGGGCUAUAUUGAGCGUAUGA